AGGGAAGUAAGUUAAGUAAACAACAAAAAAUUAAAUAAAAGAUCAAUAUCGAAAGAAGAGGGGUUUACAAAUAAAAAAAAGAUUUACUUAUACGUUACUAGCCAGCUUAGUCUUCAGAUGUAAUAUAAUAAUAAGAAUCUUACCCAAUGCAAGUCUUCAGACCUCUAUUAUUUAUAUCAAGGGUUCAACGCUUUUGCUUACGAUCACAAAGUGUGUUGUUUACUGCUAAUAAAUUCAACAAAAUGAGUACACAGAACAGACCUAGGGUAUUUAUUAGCAGACGAAUACCAGAAAAAGGCUAUGCAUUGAUUGCCUCUGAAUGUGAAAUCAUAAGUUGGAAUUUCGAUGACCCACCACCACGCAAUGAGUACUUAUCUACCGUCAAAGGCAUUAAUGGCUUGUUUUGCUUGCUGACAGAUAAAAUUGAUGUAGAAUUGCUUAAUGAAGCAGGUCUCUAUUUUUUUCUCUUCAUAUUAAUAUUAUCAAUUAAUCACAAUUUAAGUUUGUUACACAGUUUCAGUAAAAUUUACAUUGAAAGUAACUUGGUCUGCAAGUGUUUUUGCAAGACAAUAAAGUGUUAAAAUUAAUUAUAGGCCGGCACUACGUACACUGCGGCGGUGUACCUAGCAAAAUCAUGGACUUUGGCGGCCUGCGUACACCAUGGCAAUGUACCUAGCUAAAUCAUUGGCUGUGGCCUGCAUACACCGCAGCAAUUUAAAACAGCAAAACCAUUAAACCAUGGUCUUUGUGAGUCUUUAACUUUUUGGCCUAACCAGUAAUUGUAGAUUUAAUUUAUACUCUUGUUAAACUGAAAACUAUUUUAUUUAAAAAUCAUUUAAUACCUUGGGAGGAAGAUAUUGGGUAAGUUCCACACUUUUGUGGCUAAGUACUUGUAAAGACUUUACUAAAGAGCAAAGCAAUUCUUAGUAUUUUUAGUAUUUAUUGGAAGGGUGGGGUUGUAAUGUUAAACCAUGAUUUAUAAACCCUAUCCAGAGCCGUGAUUUGUGUAACCACCCCCCCCCCCCCCCCUUGUCCUUGAACCCGGCAGGAUCAGUUUCUUAACAAAAAACACCAAAUAAAAAAAACUUUGAAAUGCGCAAAUCCUGCCCCAAGCGCAUUGUGCAAUGGUUUCUGUGAGACAACGUCGUGUUUUACCCUGAGAAUAGCACAUGUCAUGCCAUUCUGGAAACAAAUUCCAUCAUGAGCAGGGUAAACGUAGACAUAUGGCUUUGUUUUACAGUUUGCUAUUGCUCCUUAAGUUUCUAAAAUCGUGUUUUUUUUAAAAGAUUUGCUGUGAGACUGAGGGUUGUGAAUGAAUCGUGAAUCAAAUGUCGGGAUAACUUGUUGAAACACUUAAUAAUCUGAAUAUAACAUAUAUCUAAAAUGUUUAAAUUGUUACAAAAUAUUUAAAAACUUCUCAUGAAACUACUGUUGCAAAUGAACAUAAUAAUAUAAAUAUAUAAUAUUUUAAAUUAAAAUGGAAAAAAAUAUAUAAAAACUCAAUCGCCUACUGGGAAUUGAUCACAAAAUAAAAUAUCGCCUAGUGCCUACUUUACCACAAGACCACACAAGAUCUUUUCUGACAGGUUUAUCUUAAAACCAGGCCAAUGGUAAAUAUUUGCGACAGUGUACGCAGGCCUAGGUCCAUAGUUUUGCUGGGUAAACUGCGGCGGUGCACGCAACCACCUCGUUAAUUAUAAUGUGAUAAACAAGCAAGGUUUUGCGGUGUCUAUUUAGUCUAUACACUUUCAAUGUCAGCAUCUUUUGGACUAGAAUUGAAUGAAGGCAAAAUUCAAAAGAAAGUGCAUGAACAUAGCCAGGAACUGAUCACAGGCAAACUGAUGUAUCUGCAUCCAGCAACAGCAAGAGGUUGUGGAGCAGAUCUUCUCUGAGGAUGAUAAAAAGAUAGAGAAAUCCCUAAGUAACUAUCUUCAAAUUAGAUUAGAGAGAUUUUAAAAUGUAUGAAACAGUGAAAAAUUUUAUUAAAAGAUCUAUAUGUAAUGACAAUAGAUAGAAUUGAUUCUGUUAGUAUCUGUGAAAGUCAUCCUGAUGAUGAUGAUGAUGAAGCUUGGCGCUGGUUGGCCGAGCAGUCUAAACUGACUCAAACCAAAUAGCUGGUGGUCUGGAGUUCAAUCCCUACCAAUGCCAACAACUCAAGCACCCCGGGUGGAUGAGACUCGUUUGCCUUGGAAGGCAACCCAUCUAACUCUGAAUUCAAACCAGGGGCCAGAUGAUCAAUAAAUUGAUUGGGGGCCCUCAAAUAUAAGAAGACUGAGUACUUUUAUAGUGCUUGUGUAUUUUAGCAUGCUCACAGCACUCUAUUUAAAGAAAAAAAGUCUUUAAAUGGUUCUUAAAUGACUUUUAUCAUUUUCAAUGUCCCUCAAAGAUUGUGAUUGAGGCAAACAUGUUCCACAAUUUAGGUGCAAUAGCUUCAAAAGAGUGCACUCUGUGUGACUUCUUUCUGUGCCAAUUCAUACUGGAAACUCUCAGUAAGGACUGUGUUGAAGAGCGCAGGUUCUGUAUGGAUAUAUGUUUAGAAAUCAGUUUUUGAAAAUAUACAGGUGCAGAGCCUUCUAUACAGCUAUACGACAGGGACAGAAUUUCACUGUCAAUGCGCUCACUCACAGGAAGCCUGUGGAGAUCUUUAAGAACUUGGUUGAUGUGGUCAGAUUUCUUUAUAUGUGAUACAAUGCAUGCUGCAGUAUUUUUUACCUUCGGGAGUCUCUGAAUUUGGUUUUGAGGUAAACUCCACAAACAACUGUUACAGUAAUAUAAUCUUGACUAGAUUAGAGUUACUGCUACGGCAUUGGCUCAAUCUGGUCUCUGACACAGUAUCCACGAUUAAAUUAAAUAAAUAAUUUGAUUUCUUUGUUUUAAAUUAAAAAAAUAUAAAGGCAUAAUUUGAAAUUUUAAAAAUAAUUAUUAUAUUAAUAUGAAUAAUUUUGGGUUGUGGAUUGAAUCAUGUGAGUUUCUAUUAAUUCUUAUCUGAAAAUUCUCUUUUGCUUACAAAAAAGUUCCUGACACCAAUAAUUCUGACAAUACAAGAUUGUAUGUAUAUAAAUAUAAGUAAUGUAACAUAAUAUCAAUUAUUUUGAUAUCUAAGUAAGGCAGGCAUUAAAGCUCUUUUUACUUGUGUUAGCCUAUUUAAAGCAUAUCUGUUUGCAUCAUGUUAUUAUUUGAACCAAAAAAUUUUGUUUUGGCUAUACCCCCAUACCAUUUGACUUAAUGAUGUGUCAAUACUUUAAUUUAAUUAUUAGAUACUAAUAAGUACUAUAAAAAAAAUAGUGUCCGUUAAUUUCUUUCUGUGCCAUUGAUCUAAGCUUGGCAAUUGUAAUUGUAUGGUUUCAGGACCAAGUCUGCAAGUGGUAUCUACAAUGUCUGUCGGGUAUGAUCAUAUCGAUGUAAUGGAGUGUAAUAAAAGAAACAUAUUGUUGGGUUACACCCCUGGAAUUUUAACAAAUGCAACUGCUGAGUUAACUAUGGCUCUACUUUUAGCAACAUCUAGGAGGCUCAAAGAAGGUAAAGGCUACUUAAUAAUUUGAAAAUAUUUAGCUUUUUGAAAGUACCAUUUCAAAAACAACAUCUACAAUGUAUUUAGUUGUGGCAAAAGAAUGAUCAAGGUGAAUCUUUACUCUUUUUUUUUGUACAUUACAUCUACGAAAAUUAUAUUAUGAUUAUUUAACAAAACUGAGAUUACUUAUCAUGAAAAAAUUGUAAGAUUUUUAAAAUUAAAACUUUGAAAAAUCAUUUUGUUGCUUAUUCAACAGGUAUAAGGGCAGUGCAGACUGGAGAAUGGGGGACAUGGAAGCCAAUGUGGCUCUGUGGUCCAGGGCUUGAUGGUGCAACAGUGGGAAUAGUGGGUUUGGGGAGAAUAGGUUUUGCCAUUGCCAAGUGCCUGAAACCAUUUGGGGUGGCCAAAAUUGUUUACAGUGGAAGAUCAGAAAAAGAAGAAGCCAAAGAAAUCAAUGCUGAAUAUAAAAGCUUUGAUGAACUGCUGAAGAUAUCAGAUUUUGUGAUUGCAUGUUGUGCACUUACUUCUGAAACAAAAGAACUUUUCAAUCGUGAUGCAUUUAAAAAGAUGAAGCCAUCAGCUGUAUUUAUCAACAGCAGCAGAGGUGGAAUAGUGAACCAGGAUGACUUGUACAAAGCUCUGGAGUCGGGAGAAAUAGGAGCAGCAGGUUUAGAUGUGACCUCACCAGAGCCCCUGCCAGUAGACAGCCCACUUUUAAAACUGGACAACUGCAUUGUGAUUCCCCAUAUCGGUAGCGCCACUCACAGCACCAGGGAAGCUAUGGCUGUACUAGCCGCAAGGAACCUGUUGGCAGGAUUAAAAGGACUACCCAUGCCAUGCCAGUUAAAAUAGAGGUGUCAAGCUGAAACUUAUUCAAUUAUCAUUCAGCAGGUAUUAAAUACCUAAAUGAGCAUCAAUUUUUAGAGUUCAUUAAAACAAGAACUAAAUAAAUGCAUCCAGCUUUUGUUUAGUAAAUUGGGGUUAAGGUAUUUUUGUUUAAAAGUAAGGUAAGCUACAAAUACAGGAAGAAAGGUUUAUUUUCACACAUAAAUAUCUGUAAUAAACAUGUAUAACAGAUUCUAAGCAUUUAAGCAGAAAUUUCAAUAUUAUCAGUAUUAAUAAUAUAUAUUUUGUAAACAUGUCAUGUUAUAACUAAUAAAAUGUAUUUGUCAAUAACUAGACCUGAAACUAUGUGAUAAAUAUGAGCCUUAUUGCAUUACAUGUGCUUGUUGGCUUGAAUGUGCUUGUUUGCUUGAAUGUGCUUGUUGACUUGAAUGUGCUUACUGGCUUUAGAUCUUGUUGAUUAAAAUUGAUUGAGCCAAAAUUUAUAUUAAGAUUGUGUUUUUAAUUUGUUAAAAAGACAUAGAUAUUUGGAGAAACUACUUAUACUUAUAGCCAAAGGAUGUACGCAUAAAUUUCCAAAGUUUACUGUUAUGUGAACCAUGAUAAUAACAAUCUGAAAACCAGUUACUGCUAUAAGUGCACUGUGUACUUAUGAACUUUAUUGUUCAAAGUUAU